GUGUCGGAGAGGGCUACGUUCUAUUUCGUUUCGUAGCGACAGAAUUUUUCUUUUAGACUCCUCCCUCCCCAAAUAGCUUUCUUUUCGUCGUUUUCGUCUGCCGUCCUAGCAAGUUCUACGCGUCACGUGAAACAUCAAACUACAAGAUGCCGCAAGUCACGGAAUUAGAAAAAGGAGCUCCUACUGUUCAGGAUGGUUCAGACAACACGGAUUCUGACUCGGAUGAGUCAGUACCAGAGCUCGAAGAUGCCGGAACCGGCGGACAGAGCCAGGUUGCUGCUGCUGCUGGGCUUCCAGAGGAAUUGGUCAGCAAAGCCAAGCAAAGCAGAGGGGAGAAAAAAGCUAGAAAGAUCAUGUCCAAACUUGGCUUGAAGCAGGUCACUGGUGUUAGUCGAGUUACCAUCCGCAAGUCACGAAACAUCCUUUUUGUAAUAAAUAAACCUGACGUCUACAAAAAUCCUGCAUCUGAUACCUACAUAGUAUUUGGAGAGGCCAAGAUUGAAGACUUGAAUCAGCAAGCCCAUAUGGCUGCUGUCGAGAAAUUCAAGGCACCAGAACUGAAUCCUGCUGAAGCUGGAGCUCACGGCACAACUGUUCCUGCUCCUAUUCAGGAGGAAUCUGAAGAAGAGGUGGAUGAUGCUGAUGUUGAGGAGAAGGAUAUUGAUCUUGUCAUGACUCAAGCCAAUGUGACAAGAGCAAAGGCUAUAAAAGCUCUCAAGAACAAUAAGAAUGACAUUGUCAAUGCCAUAAUGGAACUAACAAUGUGGUGAGGCACGCUACGAAACCGAGUAACAUCGUGAAUCCUUUCAAUACAAGUCAAAAAGUGAAAAA